AUGUCUAUUAUGCAAAAUAAAAAUUGUGGUAAAUGUGAAAAAGUUGUAUAUCCAGCUGAAGAAAUAAAAUGUCUUGAUAAAUUUUGGCAUAAAGGAUGUUUAAAAUGUACAGUAUGUGGAAUGACUCUUAAUAUAAAAAAUGUUAAAGGUUACGAGAAAAUGCCAUAUUGUCAUGCACAUUAUCCACAUAUGAAACCAACCGUUAUUUGUGAUAAUCCCGAAAUGCAACGUAUUCGAUUAUUAACAGAUAUUCAAAGCAAUGCAAAAUAUCAUGAAGAUUUUAAUAAAAGUAAAGGAAAAUUUACAGUAGUAACGGAUGAUCCAGUUUUAGCACGAGCUAAAGAACAACAACGCAAUGUAAGUCAAAUUGACUAUACUGGUAAACGAAAAGAUAGUUCAUCACAAUUACUCUCUCAUAGUAACAAUGGAUCUUGUCGAGAACAAAUAUCAUCCGAAUUAAGAGUUGGUCGUGUUGCUGAUUAUGAUCCAAUAAAUGAUGAUCGUGGUUCUUUAUCUCGUGGUUAUCAACCAACAUCAAAAGCCAUACAAACUACCAAAUAUGAAGUCAAACAAAAUAAUAAUAGUAAUGGAAAUGGAAAUAUUGUUCAUCAUGAUUCACAGAAUGAUACACAAUCAACAUUAAUGAAAGUCCGUGCACUUUAUUCAUAUACAGCAUCAGAAAAUGAUGAAAUAAGUUUUACCGAAGGAGAUACUAUUAUUGAAUGUGAACAUAUUGAUGCUGGUUGGAUGUUAGGACGUCAUCCAAGAACAGGCAAACAAGGUUUACUUCCAUCGAAUUAUGUUGAAAUAAUUGCUUAA